AGAAGCGUCUGUGUGUGUGAGAGAGAGAGGAUUGUUUACAUUUUCUGCAGCCCGUUAAAAUGAAUCCUCCGAUGAUCAACUCGACCAGCUCCGUGUCAACUACCAAAAGAAAACGAGAAGCUGAGCGCUCGGUUAACUGGACCGUGGAGGAAACUCAGGUGCUGCUGUGCGCCUGGAGCGAUGAGCGCAUCCAGAAGAGUUUGGCAGAAAACCUUCGCAACAGGCAUGUCUUUAAACUCCUCUCGGCCCGCAUGAGUGAGAUGGGUUUCUCUCGAAGUCCACACCAAUGUCGGCUCCGGGUCAAAACCCUUAAGGCGAACUAUGUGAGAGCCAAACUACAGAGGAGCGUCGACAGCUCGCAGCCUUGCACUUUUAAAUAUUUUGCAGAGAUGGAUGCUGUGCUGGGCCGCAGGUCAGCGGGAGUGGAGGGAGGGCAUUAUUUUGUUUCUCCAGAACGGAUGUCGGAGCAUCACCUUGAGUCCACUGACAGGACAGGAAGUAACCCUGUAGAUUUAAAUUCUAAUACAGAGAUCAGUGGACACCAUUUGGGUUCUUUGGGGAGGACAGGGAGACAACGUGUGAGCUCUUUAGAGGAGAGAGGAGGCCGUCAGUCCUGGCAGCUCGACUCUGAAGUCAAGUUGGAGGAUGAAGAAGAUUCAACAGAUGAGUUUGAGUUUAGCAAUACAGGAUUCCAUCAACAACACCAUGAAGUUUAUCUGGAGUCAUCCAUCCAUCGCGAAAUGAGUGGUACAAUAGUGGAGAACAGCAUGAGCUCUCCUUCCCCACAUGUAGUACCUCCACCACCGCCUCCUCCUGCAGCUGCUCCUCCCUCUCCUCCUCCUCCCCCUCUCACCCAGUCUGCCGCCUUUCCUCUCCCUGCACCACCAGAUCCAAGCCCCAACACCCUGCCCGCCUCUGGCCACCAUCACCCCGAGUCCUCCUGCUUCAAGCACCUGUCAGAGUGCUUCCAGCGGCUGGUGUCGGAGACGCGGGGCCUGCUGGUGCAGCUGGAGAGCCAGCGGCAGGAGCAGGCUCGCUGGCAUCAGGAGCUCCUGGCUCAGUGGCUGCAGAGGGAAGAGCGCCGGCAGAGGGAGACGGCCGAGAGGGAGGAGAGGAGGGAGAAAGCUCGCAUGGAGCAUGAAAUCAGAGUCCUGGAGCUCCUCACCAGUUUAGCCAGAGAGCACAGGUGUAAAUGUGGAGGCAGCCAAAAUACAGCGGAGGCUCCAACUGGUCCAAAUCUCACCGUGAACAAAGACAGAAGUUAACACUAAGGAUAUUUUACAGUGGACUGAUGUUCAAGCUCAGGUGGAACCAAAACACAGCACUGAUGACAGACAGCCAUAUUCAGGGCCUCAACCCUGAGUGAGAUGGAGUGAAAUCUCAAUUGCACCAAAUUCAGGAAAAGACCCUCGAAUACCAAUCAGCUGUGAGUAUGAGGAGAUGAUUAUUGACUAACAGCAACUGGUUAGUUGUACUCUGAAAUCUUAAAGGGCGGCUCCAUCUACAUUCUUCUCCAUGUUUUUUCACAUGUGAAGUCCCAAUCAGCCACAAACAAAAAGCAGCAAGGUUACAGCGCUGAUACCCUCCCAUCCCCCAAAGCACACACGUGCCGUUGGCAGCACAUUUUUAGAUCCAUAGUCAGUUAGUACGUUUACAAAAGUCAAAUUAUUGUGUUAGUCCGACUAAAACUGGACUUUUAAAAUACAUGUAAACAUGUAAGUCCGACUAAAAUCAGUUUAAACUGAAUUUCUCGAAGUCGGACACACCCAGAUAAUUCGAUUGGAAGUCGAUUUCCUCCGUCGUGUAAAAACUUCAGCCGGACUUUAACUGAAUUCGGGGUUCUGAGCGUGCUCCUUGUCAUCAUGUAUAGACCUACAUCAAGUCAUAUAGGAAAAAGUUCUUUGUAGGAUUUGGGAAAACAGCAUUAUGACAUCCAAAACAUACAGCGACAGACCAGAAUUUGAAUUUUUGGAUUAAUGGGUACCACUGCUGAAAAGCCACAGAGUGAUAUAAAAACCUCAAAAAAAAUAAUGGAGCCGCCUUUUAAAGGAAGAAACUACAUUUGAAGAGUGAAGGAAAAUUUCUUCUUCUCUCUUUUAACUCUCACAGUAUCUUUGAGAGGAUUUCUUUGGUGUAAUUUGAUUGCAUUAAAUGUAAUCUACCUGUUUCAUGCAACUUUAUUAAAUUCAAAAUUAAAAAACAGAAGUUUUCAACUGUUUCUGUUCCCUGCUGAAAUCUGUUUUUGGUACUAAUGAAGAAGUCUUAAUCUGUACUCAAAGUUGGCGAUAUUGACACUUUAUUAUUAAAGCCUCAACAGCUUAAGUGACGACUUCAACACUUCUGUUAGAGGGUCGCUGCUGCCGAGCAAACGUGCGCGAGAAACCAUGUGAUGGUAAACGAUGGUGUCCUCGCUAAACAUUUGACAGCUGCCGUCUUUGCUCUUUGUUGUCAUAAUAACCUGAGAGUAUUUAUUGCAGUUUACUCCCAGAAAAAUAGUCUGCAUCAUCACAUACCUUCUGUAUAUGGAGAUUCAGACUAACAGUUGUGGCUUUUGGUGGUAAUUAUUCACAUAAUUAAUAAUUUAUAAUUAUAAUUAUUGUCAAAAUUUAGGUGAUUUAACUGAUUUCAUACUGUAUGUUUCUAACACCUUUUCUAAACAAAUUCAAACUCCAACAAGAUCUUAACUCAAAGCUGAAAGGGUUCACCCCAAAAUCAAGAACAUGUAUUUUUCCUCUCACCUCUAGUGCUAUU